AAAAUGAAAAUCUUUUCUGAGUCUCAUAAAACUGUUUUUGUUGUGGAUCACUGCCCAUAUAUGGCAGAAUCCUGCAGACAACAUGUUGAAUUCGAUAUGUUAGUAAAGAAUCGGACCCAAGGAAUUAUACCUCUAGCACCCAUAUCAAAAUCGCUAUGGACCUGUUCAGUGGAAUCAUCCAUGGAGUACUGUAGAAUAAUGUAUGAUAUUUUUCCUUUCAAAAAACUGGUGAAUUUCAUUGUGAGUGAUUCUGGGGCUCAUGUCUUGAAUUCUUGGACACAAGAAGAUCAGAACUUGCAGGAGUUGAUGGCAGCAUUAGCAGCUGUUGGGCCACCUAAUCCUCGGGCAGAUCCAGAGUGCUGCAGCAUACUUCAUGGUCUGGUUGCAGCAGUUGAAGCGCUCUGCAAAAUAACAGAAUACCAGCAUGAGGCUCGAACCAUGCUCAUGGAGAAUGCGGAACGUGUUGGAAACAGAGGAAGAAUAAUCUGUAUUACUAAUGCGAAAAGUGACAGUCAUGUUCGGAUGCUUGAGGAUUGUGUUCAGGAAACCAUUCACGAGCAUAACAAGCUUGCAGCUAAUUCAGAUCAUUUAAUGCAGAUUCAGAAAUGUGAAUUGGUCUUAAUCCACACUUACCCAGUUGGUGAAGAAAGCCUUGUUUCAGAUCGUCCUAAAAAAGAGCUUUCACCUGUUUUAACCAGUGAAGUGCACAGUGUCCGUGCGGGACGGCAUUUGGCUACAAAACUGAAUGUUUUAGUACAACAGCACUUUGAUCUGGCUUCAACCACAAUAACUAACAUUCCUAUGAAGGAAGAACAACAUGCUAACACAUCAGCCAACUAUGAUGUGGAGCUUCUUCAUCACAAAGAGGCACAUGUUGACUUCUUAAAGAGUGGUGAUAAUCAUAUAGGCAGCAAUAGCAGAGAAGGCACGUUUAAAGAAACUGUAACGUUAAAAUGGUGUACUCCUCGAACAAAUAGUGUGGAAUUACACUACUGCACUGGAGCAUACAGAAUUUCACCAGUAGAUGUAAAUAGCAGACCUUCUUCAUGCCUUACUAACUUUCUCCUUAAUGGUCGUUCUGUUUUGUUGGAACAGCCACGCAAAUCUGGCUCUAAAGUAAUUAGUCACAUGCUCAGCAGCCAUGGAGGAGAAAUUUUUCUGCAUGUAUUGAGCAGCUCGCGAUCAAUUCUAGAAGAUCCCCCAUCAAUUAGCGAAGGGUGUGGUGGAAGAGUCACUGACUACCGGAUUACAGAUUUUGGUGAAUUUAUGAGGGAAAACCGAUUAACUCCUUUUCUAGAGCCCAGAUAUAAGAUCGAUGGAAGUCUUCAAAUUCCAUUGGAACGUGCAAAAGAUCAGUUAGAGAAACAUACUCGUUACUGGCCUAUGAUUAUUUCUCAGACUACCAUCUUCAACAUGCAAGCUGUAGUGCCAUUAGCCAGUGUGAUUGUAAAAGAAGCAAUGACUGAUGAGGAUGUUCUGAACUGUCAAAAAACAAUAUACAAUUUGGUAGACAUGGAGAGGAAGAAUGAUCCGCUGCCAAUUUCAACAGUUGGUACCAGAGGAAAGGGUCCAAAAAGAGAUGAACAGUACCGGAUUAUGUGGAACGAAUUGGAGACCCUUGUACGAGCACACAUAAACAACUCUGAUAAACACCAGCGCGUCUUAGAAUGUUUGAUGGCUUGCAGAAGCAAACCCCCAGAAGAAGAGGAGCGCAAGAAACGAGGUAGAAAGAGAGAAGACAAAGAAGACAAGUCAGAGAAGUUGGGCAAAGACUAUGAAUCGGAUAAGCCAUGGCAAGAAUCAGAAAGGUUAAAAGGUCUUUUGGAUCGUGAAAAAGAAGAUCUAGCAGAAGCUGAAGUUAUUAAAGAUUCUCCUGAUUCUCCUGAGCCACCCAACAAAAAGCCUCUUAUUACAAUGGAUGAAAUGCCCACAGUUGAAAAGGCAAAAGGGCCAAUGUCCUUGCUGUCUUUAUGGAGUAACAGGAUUAAUACUGCCAACUCUAGGAAACACCAGGAAUUUAUUGGUCGUUUGAACUCUGUCAACAAUAAAGCUGAGCUAUAUCAACAUCUGAAAGAAGAAAAUGGAAUGGAAACGACGGAAAAUGGAAAAGCAGGCCGGCAGUGAUGACUUAUUUUUAUUUCUUUGGACAAAACUUGGCUGAAUUGCAAAAAUACUUAAUGCUGGAAUUGAUAUUGGUACCAUUUCAGUACAACUGUAUAGCUCUAGUUUGACUGGUUUUUACAUUUUUCUAUUAUUAUUUUUGCUAUGAAAUAUGAAAUCCACAUAUCACAUUAAAUGAAUAGUGUGCAAAUAGGAGCUGUCCUGAAGUAUUUUAGUCAUGUUUUUAGGAUGAAGAAAACCUGUGCUGCCAUGGACUAAAAUGAAGUAAUCAAAAAUGUUAGUCAGUUUAAAGUCUUUUCCCGUAAGAGUUGUUUGUUUAGUAUUUCAAAAUCAGUGAUGACUGUUUAAAAAAAAAAUCAA